GUUAGUUUGGAAGUGUUGUAGCGGCCUGUCAGAUAAUAGCUAUAGCAAAGCAUGGCGUCCAGUAGCAGUGUUGAACUUUCUGAGCUACAGCUGAAGUCAACUAGUGAAUUGUGUGAAUUUCUGCGAACACUUUCAAUUCCGGAGGACGUUGUUGACAAAUUUGAGAGUGAGGGAAUUUGUGGUGAAGUUCUACCACUAUCAUUGGCAGAAUUGAUGGAACUGGCACCUCGUAUCGGACCACGUCGAAUACUGCAGAAGCGAAUCCCUCAGCUCCUUGGAUACUUGAAUGCAGAAUUGGAUGACACGUCUGCUGUUUUUCAUGAGAAGAACAUCACCUCUUCUGAAGGUUCUACUUUGGCAGACCAGAGCACAUGCACAGCAAGUAGUCUGCAGAGCACAGCAAGUACAUGUAGUAAGGAGAGCACAUGUGGUAACUCCAGCAGUGCAGGAGUUGAUUCUGCUGGAAAAUCAUCAGAUGAUGCAAUCAUUCUGAUUGAAAGGGACAUCUCUGAUACAGUGAAGUUGUCCUAUCCCUGUGAACUGCCAAGGUUUUCCAAGGUUGUGCACAAGGCUCUGCAGACAGGAAAUAUGCCAGCUUCUGAUGGAUUAGCUCGGAUUGCUUACCAUAGCAUCGGUAGAUCCAUGUUCGAUGCGUUUCCUUGUAUUGCCAGUGCUGGACAAAAUGCUUGGUCUCACUUCAACAGAUGCUUAAGCUCAAAGAUACGAUGGGAGAGACAGAAGCGACUCAAAGUGAUGAAACGCAAAGAAAGCCCAAAGGACCCUGAUGCAGCAAGUAAACGUCCUUGCACAAAUUCAUCUCCCCCACCACUAGCACUCCCUUCCAUUCAAGAGCCUUUGAUCAGCGAAACAGUGUAUGCUACACACAUCAAAGAAAUUCAAAAAGUGUUUACAGGCACUCGUAAGACAGACAUGACACCCACAGUGAUGGCCCACUUGGACAACCUAAUGCAGGAGACAUUCCCACGUAGAAGGAAGCUAAUACUGGCCCCAGACAACAUGGACACAUCAGAACUAGUAGAAAAGCUUUGGAAAGAUUUCCCAUGCCUUCAAAAUGACACAUGCCUAAUGCAGGAGAUCAGACGUUGUGACAUACACCUUGACACAUACUACAAUGACAACUACUUGGGUGUGCUGGAGAACCUUGGUAAACUGUAUGAUAUUCCACACGAUACCGACUUUGACUAUGUUCAAGUCCUUAAGGAGACGGAAGUGCGCCUGAAUAAACGCAUCAAAAAAACAGAGGUCAUCAAGGUCUUGAAGCUCAACUCGGACUCCAUGGACUCGAAAGUAAAUGGCCAGACAUCACCUAGCCUCGUCAUUACAACUGAUGAUAACCUUGUUACAUCUUCUCAUGUCGUGGGUUUUGGGCGGACCCUUGUUGAGAUGCAGGGGGAAGGUGCGUUGAAGAGGGGACUGCGGUCGCUUAUGGCAACCUACUACAUCCUUGAUUUCGAGUAUCCUCCAGGAUACUCGAUGAUGCUGAAAUUCAUACAGCACUACCUGAUGGGCAGGAUAGUGAAGGACAUCCCCAAGUCGAUCAAAACAUUGUGCUCCAAGGCUGGAGUGGCUAACAGUGUGGAUUAAGCGGUUGGGUGAGACAAAGCUAUGCUUGGUGGUUAAGUAGAAGUAAGGUUUGGGGUAGUGCCAUGUGAACAUUUCUUGAGUGUGUGUCACUCAAAGUUUCGACCAGGAGCAAUU